AAUCCGCGAUCAAUAAUUUGAAACUAGUAACAUCCCUGGUGUUGGGUUGGCACUGCUGGUUGUCAACGUCACAUAACCACAGUUUUUAUUAUGAUUUUUAAUUAUUUUGAAAAUCUAAAACGCGAAUAAAUCACCAUGAGUGACUCCCAAAGCGGUGAGAACUCACAAUACGAUUUAUAUCUGCAGGAAAUCGAAGGAGUUGAUGAUUAUUGGGGGCCAACUUUCAGGGCGAUUUAUGAUAACGACCAACAUGUAAAGUUUCGAGAGAAGCUAGAACAACGAAUCAAACAUCACAACAAGGAUAUUGAAAGACUGUGCAAUGUGUACUACCAAGGGUUCAUUGAAGCGGUCCGUGAAUUGUUAGAAGUGCGCAAUCAGGCCAAAAAAUUGAAUAACCAAGUCACCACUCUAGACACCCAAUUACACCAAGCCGCAAAAAAUAUCUCAAAAUCGGGCAAUGAGCUGUUGCAAGCGCGAAAAGUACAAAGUAAUAUUGCCGUUGUGAUUGCACAACUAAACCUGUGUUUGCCUGUAUUGACCUCAUAUUCGAAAUUGAAGAAGCAAAUCGCGGAAAAACGUUAUUACCCGGCGUUAAAAACCCUAGAGGAGCUGGAGCACUCACAUUUGCUUCAUGUAGCCAAUUAUCGCUUUUCUUAUCAAUUAAGGGAGAGCAUACCUAAAAUAAGGGAAAGUAUCGAGAAGGCUUCAAUGUCCGACCUGAAAGACUUCCUUGAAAACAUUCGGAAAUUUUCGCCAAAAAUUGGAGAAGUAGCUAUGAAACAUACCAGCGAACAAUUGGCGAGUGAUCCUACAGUAAUCGGUCGUAAGAAAAAAAGAAUAGCGCCCCAACCUUCAGGUGAUGGUGUUGGACACUUCUCUGAGGAGGAUCUAAGUGCCCAAGAACUGAUCGAUUUUUCCCCCAUUUAUCGCAGUUUGCAUAUUUCAAGUGUACUUAACACAAGGGCCACCUUUGAGACGUAUUAUAGGGCAGAAAGGACAAAACAGGCACGUUUAGUGCUACAACCACCCACGAAUAUGCACGAAUGUGAAGAAAGCUAUCGUGCCUACAUUCACGCCGUUCUCGGUUUCUUCAUUCUGGAAGAUCACGUGUUAAAUACCGGAAACGGGUUAAUAACCAGAGCCUUCUUGGACGAGAUGUGGACAAUGGCGUUGUCUAAAAUCGUCAGCGCAUUGCAGACACAUUCAGCGUACUGCACCGACGCCACCUUGAUUCUCCGAAUUAAAGACUUGAUUAUGCUUUUUUGUACGACUUUGCGUAAUUACGGAUAUUCGGUGAAACCCCUGUGGGAGUUGGUGCGCGAAUUGCGUGACCACUACACCGAGGUUUUGAUGCAAAGAUGGGUACAAGUCUUUAGGGAAAUUCUGUCUAAAGAGGAUUUUCAACCGAUUCAAGUGUAUGACCUUGAGGAAUACGAACACAUCUUGUCAUCGUUUCCAUGGGAUGAGGAUUUACCAAACGAUGUGGUUUUCCCACACAAAUUCCCCUUUUCAAGGAUGGUGCCUAAAGUUUACCAACAAGUCAAGGAAUUCAUUUAUGCCUGUUUGAAAUUUUCCGAGGAUUUAAAUCUAAGUCAAGUCGAGGUCGACGAGAUGAUCCGAAAAUCGAUGAAUUUGCUCCUCACUCGCACAUUCAGUGGUUGUCUAUCGUCGACGUUUCGUAGCCCACACAUUAAUCUUCAGGAAAUUAUCCAAAUUAUUAUCGAUACCGGCUAUUUGGAGGAAGCUACAGUUUAUUUGGACCAGUUUAUAUCAAAUAUCACAGGGGAGGAGUCUCGGGGGGUGUCCACAGGAGUGGUGCAAGGCCAACCGGCGAUGUUUCGCGUCGCUCGUGAAGACGCCGUGCGUCAAAUUUGCGAAAAAUUGCGUCAGAAACUUAACGAGUUUUACGAAUUGGAGAGUUAUGAUUGGUUGUUAGUCGAGCCGACAGGCCACGCCUCUAGUUAUAUCUCAGAUUUGAUAGCUUUUCUACAAACGACGUUUCAGAGUUUUACGAAUUUACCGCCGGAAGUGGCGCAAGUUGCGUGUAAGUCGGCUUGUGAACAUAUUGCAAAUUCAAUGUUUCAAUUAUUGAUGAAUGAUGAAAUCAAACAAAUUUCGAUGGGGGCUUUAAACCAAAUAAAUCUAGAUUUGUUGCAGUGUGAACAAUUUGCGGCUUCUGAACCUGUCAAAGGUCUACAAGAGGAUGUUUUGUUGUCUUAUUUCACAAAAUUACGUGAAACUUUAGAUCUAUUUACGUCGUGGGAUUGGCCCACUUAUUUUCAUGAUUAUGGACAAGAAACAAGCAAAUAUAAACAAGUUAAUCCAGACAGUGCUAUAGUAUUAUUAGAAAAAUUAAGGGAAGGCGAUAAGAAAACAAUGUUUACAGUCCUGAAGAAGAAUGAAAGAGACAAAAAGAAGUUACUGGAGACAGUUUUGAAACAAUUAAGACAGCUUACCCAAAUACCACCAAGCAAAUAAUUAUUACCCACAUUUAUUUUCUAUUGUACUGUUGUAAUUAAGUUCUAACUAAUAAAUUUGUGUUUGAUUAAUUCA